CUAUCUUAUUCAAUAUCCCCUAAAAAAAUCACUAAAAUUUACAACUCUCUCUCGGCCUCUCGCUCUUGGCCCGGCCUACUUCCCGAGCUCUCACCUCUUAGAGUAACACUAAAUAUGUGUAUGUGAUUAUUUCCAGAAUUCAAUCUCUUCAUUCCUUUUCCCAGCUCUGUUCCACAUUGUUUCUUCUAAAAAAAUAAUACUUAAUCAAGCAUACAAUGGCUCCUAAAACCGGUAAGACUAAACCCCACAAAGCCAAAGGAGACAAGAAGAAGAAAGAAGAGAAAGUUUUACCAGCUGUAAUAGAAAUAACUGUAGAGACACCAGAGGAUUCACAAGUCACAUUGAAGGGAAUAUCAACGGAUAGGAUCUUAGAUGUCAGGAAACUAUUGGCUGUCCAUGUUGAAACGUGUCACUUGACCAAUUACUCUCUGUCCCACGAGGUUCGUGGUGCAAGAUUAAACGAUUCAGUGGAGAUUGUAGCUCUCAAGCCAUAUUACCUCACUAUCGUCGAAGAGGAGUACACAGAACGGUAUGCUGUGGAUCAUAUUAGACGGCUCUUAGAUAUUGUCGCCUGCACAACCCACUUCACCGGUUCACUCACUUCUCCAAAAACCGGAACUAAAGAACCCGGUUCUCCUCACUCGAUUUCCGGUUCCCACAAUGCAGCUCCGAAGCCCAAUUCCGCCGUUUCGACCACGCCGGAGGUUUCGGAUGCGGCGGCGAAGGGCGAAACCGCGGCGUCGGUAAUGUACCCUCCGCCGAGGGUGGGGCAGUUCUACGACUUCUUCUCGUUCUCUCACCUGGCUCCACCUAUUCAAUAUAUUAGGAGGUCAAGUCGACCGUUCUUUGAGGAGAAAACAGAUGAGGAUUUGUUUCAAAUUGAUGUACGGAUUUCCACCGGGAAGGCAACAACAAUAGUUGCCUCUCGAAAAGGUUUUUAUCCGGCUGGAAAGCGUAAUCUUGUAAGCCACUCAUUAGCUGGUCUUUUGAAGCAGAUAAGCAGAGUUUUUGAUUCUGCAUUUAAGGCUCUUAUGACAGCUUUCACUGAGCACAACAGAUUUGGGAAUCUUCCAUAUGGUUUUCGAGCAAACACUUGGUUAGUACCCUCUCUUGUUAGUGAGAAUCCCUCUGUGUUCCCUCCACUUCCUAUUGAAGAUGAGAGUUGGGGAGGAAGUGGAGGCGGACAAGGAAGAGAUGGGAAGCACGAGGACAGGCUGUGGGCAAAGGACCUCGCUAUAUUGGCAGCAAUGCCGUGUAAAACUCCUGAGGAGCGCCAACUAAGAGAUAGGAAAGCCUUUCUCGUUCACAGUCUACUUGUUGAUGUUUCAGUUUUCAAAGCUGUUGCUGCAAUAAAGCAGCUAAUAGACAACAAUCAGCAGUCUGCAAGCAAUUCUGGUUCACCAAUUUUACACGAGGAAAGAAUUGGAGACCUACUCAUUAGCGUCACAAAAGAUCCCCCAGAUGGAAGCACCAAGUUGGAUAGCAAAAAUGAUGGGAGCAAUGUUCUUGGAAUCAUACACGAAGAAGUAACUCAAAGAAACUUGCUGAAAGGCAUAACUGCAGAUGAAAAUGCAACAGUACAUGAUACUUCUACUUUAGGUGUUGUCGUUGUUAGACACUGUGGGCACACAGCCAUUGUUAAAGUGACAGCGGAGGUAAAUUGGAACGGCAAAGCCAUUCCUCAGGAUGUUAACAUUGAAGACCAUCCUGAAGGAGGAGCCAAUGCAUUAAAUAUUAAUAGCUUAAGAAUGCUGUUGCACAAAUCCACGCCCCAAUCGCCCAACACAGUUCAAAGAGUUCCAAGUGCUAAUAUGGAGGAAUUAGGCUCCAGUUUGCCUUUGGUAAAGCAGGUGCUAACCAAGAGUUUAAAGACACUUCAGGAAGAUGAUUCAACUCUUAAAAAGUCGAUUAGAUGGGAGCUUGGUGCAUGUUGGGUGCACCACUUGCAAAAUCAGGCUUCAGGUAAAGAUGAGCCUAAAAAGAAUGAAGAGGUUAAAGUUGAGCCAGCUGUCAAGGGUCUUGGAAAGAAUGCUGGGUUGCUGAAGGAUAUGAAAAAGAAGUCAGAUGACCAAAUAAAUAAAUCUGACCCGAACAAGGAAGUUUCUGCUAAUUGCAAUGUUGAUGCAAACAAGGACUUUGGAAAUGCGGACAAGGAGAUUAUGUGGAAAAAUUUGCUUCCCGAAUCAUCAUAUAUGCGCCUUAAAGAAUCAGAAACUGGUCUUCACCUCAAGUCACCUGAAGAGUUGAUUGCGAUGGCACACAAAUACUAUGCUGAAACUGCCCUUCCAAAAUUGGUUACUGAUUUCGGGUCACUCGAGCUUUCACCAGUUGAUGGUAGGACACUGACAGAUUUCAUGCACACUAGGGGUUUGCGGAUGUGCUCCUUGGGCCGUGUGGUCGAACUAGCAGACAAGCUCCCUCAUGUUCAGUCCCUUUGUAUUCACGAGAUGGUUGUUCGAGCUUAUAAGCAUAUCCUUCAGGCUGUUAUAGCAGCAGUUGAUGAUAUUGCUAAUAUGGCUUCAUCAAUUGCUUCUUGUCUGAAUUUGUUGCUGGGAACACCUGCCACACAAUAUGGCGAGGCAGAUAUAAAUAGUGAUGAUGAAUUGAAAUGGAAGUGGGUCAAGACAUUCCUUUUCAAGAGGUUUGCCUGGCAAUGGAAGGAUGAGGCACGCAAAGAUAUACGAAAGUUUGCUAUUCUUCGUGGUCUCUGCCACAAGGUUGGGCUUGAACUUGUUCCGAGAGACUAUGAUAUGGAUUCUCCCUUCCCAUUCAAGAAAUCCAAUAUAAUUAGCUUGGUGCCUAUUUAUAAACAUGUUGCUUGCUCAUCUGCCGAUGGACGUACACUUUUGGAAUCAUCCAAGACUUCCUUGGACAAGGGAAAAUUGGAGGAUGCUGUUAAUUAUGGAACAAAGGCACUCGCGAAACUGGUUUCUGUCUGUGGUCCUUAUCAUCGCAUGACAGCAGGGGCAUAUAGUCUGUUGGCUGUGGUGCUCUACCACACUGGGGAUUUUAAUCAGGCUACCAUUUACCAGCAAAAAGCUUUAGAUAUCAACGAGAGAGAGCUUGGUCUGGAUCAUCCAGACACAAUGAAGAGCUAUGGAGAUUUAGCUGUCUUCUACUAUAGACUCCAGCACACUGAGCUGGCACUGAAAUAUGUCAACCGUGCAUUGUAUCUCCUGCAUCUAACUUGCGGGCCUUCCCACCCAAAUACUGCUGCCACCUAUAUUAACGUUGCUAUGAUGGAAGAAGGUCUGGGGAAUGUCCAUGUUGCUCUUAGAUAUCUCCAUGAGGCCCUCAAGUGUAACCAAAGACUUCUAGGAGCUGAUCAUAUACAAACAGCAGCCAGUUAUCAUGCUAUUGCAAUUGCUCUCUCUUUGAUGGAAGCAUAUUCCCUGAGUGUUCAGCAUGAACAGACCACUCUUCAGAUACUGCAGGCUAAACUAGGAUCAGAAGAUCUACGUACACAGGAUGCUGCUGCAUGGCUGGAAUAUUUUGAGUCCAAGGCACUGGAGCAGCAAGAAGCUGCACGCAAUGGCACUCCAAAACCAGACGCCUCCAUCUCUAGCAAAGGCCAUUUGAGUGUUUCGGACCUAUUGGACUACAUAACCCCUGAUGCAGAGAUGAAAGCUAGAGAAGCCCUAAAGAAGCAAGCUCGUGCCAAGCUCAAGGGAAAGAUUAGUCCAAACUCGGAAACUGUGAUGGAUGAAUAUCAAAAGGGUGAGUUCACAUUGGAAAGUGAACCUGUGGCAGAGAACUCCAGUGAUAAAGAAAAUAGAUCUGGAGUGGAAAACAAAUCUGAGCCUCAGUUUUUGGACAAGAUUAAAAAUACGGAUUCAUUUGUAGGAGAGAAAACAUCGUUGGACCAAAAUGAAAAUGUUGAAAAGGACGAUAUCUCGGAAGAAGGAUGGCAAGAGGCUAAGGGGCGCUCUCUUAUGGGACGCAAGCCCUCUGCUUCCAGGAGGCCAAGCCUUGCAAAAUUGAACACCAACUUUUUGGUUUCUUCUCAUCCAUCUAAGUCUAGAGGUAAACCAAAUAGUUUCAGCUCUCCUAGAACAAGUCCAAAUGAAAGCGCAGCUUCAUCUGGUCUGGGUCCACAGGGUCCUAAAAAGUUUGUCAAGAGUGCUAGCCUCAAGAUGAAGCCGAACGGUCCUUCUUCACCAGCUAGUGCCAAAGAGAAAUUGACUGGCACAAAAUCAGCUCCUAAUAGUCCUAUCCUAGGUUUUGAUGAAGUUGCUAAAGCUUCUAUUGUUAGUUCAAGUGUUCAUGCUGCUGGAAAGCUUUUCUCGUACAAAGAGGUUGCUUUAGCUCCACCAGGUACUAUUGUAAAGGCUAUUGUGGAGAAGAAAUCUGGGGAGAGCUGUGCAGAAAAUCUGAUGGCAAUCAAGGAGACGAGUAGCUUUGAUACGACAUUAUCCACAUCAAAGAAAGUGGAGGCUGAUCAAAUUCAAAAACUGGUGGUUGAGGUAAAAGAGAUGAAUGGAACUAGGAAGGAGGAGCAGCAACAUGCAACUAAAGGUGCUUUUGAAAAUUCAAAAGAUAAUGUAACUGGUAGUGAACUAGAAACUACAGUUGAACCAAUGGAAGCUGACAAUGGGCUCAAACCAAGCUCAGGAGCUGUGGCUUCUACUGCUUCCAAUAAAGAAGCAUCAGAAACUCAAGUUGUGGCCAAUCUUGGAUCUCCAUCAGACCCUACAGAUACUACCGCUCAGUUGUUGGAGAAUGAUGCCUCUGGUUUGAAAGAAAAGAUGGUGGAGGAAGAAAACAAGGCUAGUUCGUGUAAUGAAAGUGAAAGUGUAGGUUUGCUGACGGAUGAGGAAGGGAACCAAGCAAAUGGAAGUGGCGCUUUGUCGCCCACUGAAGCUGAAAAGCAAGUCGAUACAGAGAUUGCAAAGGAAACAUCCAAGAAACUAUCUGCUGCAGCUCCUCCAUACACUCCGUCGAUGGUUCCAGUUUUUGGAUCUAUACCACUACCUGGCUAUACAGAGCAUGGUGGAAUAUUGCCACAUCCAGUGAAUAUAGCACCAGUGCUUACAGUUAACCCUGCCCGUAGGUCGCCGCAUCAAUCUGCUACUGCUAGAGUUCCAUAUGGUCCUCGCCUCUCAGGUGGCUAUAACAGAUCUGGCAGCCGUGUCCCGCGGAAUAGGCCUGCUUUCCAGAUUUCUGAAAACAACGGGGACCCAAAUCAUUUCAACACUCCAAGAAUAAUGAAUCCACACGCGAAUGAAUUUGUACCUGGCCAAUCAUGGGUUACAAGUGGCUAUUCAGUUGCUCCCAAUGGUUAUAUUGCCACACAAAAUGGCAUUCCUUUUACCUCAAAUGAGUAUCCUAUAUCACCAAAUGGAGUGGGAAUGUUACAUGAUGGCUUCCCACCAUUACCAAAUGGUAUGCCUGAAACUCAAGAUGGACUCCCAGUACCUUCAGUUGAUCCAACAGAUUAUCCCGCAGAAGAGAAUACUGAAGUUGAUGAAGAAGUGAGUCAUCAUGCCGUGGCAGACGGGAAUGUACCUGAAUCAUCGACAGACUCAACUAUAAUCCCCUUGGAAACAACUGAAGUACAGGAAAAUAUUGAUGAAAAAACUCGUUCUGAACAGACAGUAAAGAAUAAUGACUGUGAACAUGGAGGAGAGUGUACCGACGCAGAUGCAGAAUCUCCUAAUGCCAUUCCUCCAGAUGGUAAGAGCACUGACAUUGGUGGAUGUAGAAAGAAAGACAAUCAAAUCUUGGGGUGAAUACAAUGAUGUUUUUGUAGGCAAGUCUCUUCUUAAUCAGGGAAUGUUUAGUUCUGUAUGAAACCAGAAUUGUUCUAGCUCGUUUGGUGAAAAGUCAUCAAGUCAGGCAAAGCAACAGAGAGGUUGGAUCUUCAAGAACUGAUGCAGCAAUUUGCCGACAGCUCAAAUACUUCACCACGCAGUUGGAAUCGACAGGAACUGCUUUGUACCUGCUGAUCGGUUCAAUACGCGCUAACUUGUGCCGUUUUGUGAUAGUCAAGUUUUGACGUGACACUAAAUCCUCUGUAAUAAAUGGACAUAGAUUCGUAUUCUGCUCAUUUUUCAGAUACGUUUAUAUGUGAGUAAGCUUAAAUAACAGGCGACUUUUUCUGCUGAAUAUCUAUUUACUUUUGAAGAGCCA